UCAGCGAUGAAUUGCGAAUUGGACACAAUGGCGGCGGUGCCUGCAGUACUGAUGCAGCGCAGUCCUGCCACGGAACUUUCGGUCCCGGUUCCGCCGGCAGCGGCUCAGCCUCACGGGGAGCGGGUGAAAACUGAAGAGGUGACCGAAUCGGAGAAGCAGAGUCGCAUGGUUGCUUUGCUGGAGAGGCUUCAUGCCAAACACAACGCGGCCCGCCCGUGGCAGGAGACCAGCAAGGUGGUGCGUCAAGCCAUGGAGAAACGCGGGAUGAUGAACGCCGCCAGUCACCAGCUGCUGCUCACCUGUUUGGAAACCCUUCAGAGGGCACUCAAAGUUUCAUCUUUGCCUUCCAUGACAGAUCGUCUCGAGUCCAUAGCGAGACAAAACAUGCUGGGCUCCCAUCUGAGCCCGUCUGGAACUGAGUGCUACAUCACUUCGGAUAUGUUUUAUGUGGAGGUGCAACUGGACGGCGCUGGUCAGCUUGUGGACGUCAAAGUUGCUCAUCAGGGCGAAAACCCCACGAGUUGCCCUGAGUUGAUUCAACAUCUAAGGGAGAAGAACUUUGAGGAGUUUUCCAAGCAUCUUAAGGGACUGGUUGACCUGUAUAAACUGCCUGGAGACAAUAAACUGAAAACAAAGAUGUAUAUUGCCUUGCAGUCCCUGGAGUUGGAUCUCACCAAGAUGAUGCACAUGUUUCGGCUGGCAACCAACGCCAACGCCGUCGAGACGAUCCUGCACGGCAACGUGGGCCUGCUGACAGCCAGGAGCGGCGGCCAUCUUGUCACCCUCCAGUGCUACGUGUCGCCGUAUGACAUUUUCGAGGAGGGAAUGGGCGUGCACGUCAACCUGACAGACGGCAACGUCGCACGCUCGCUGGGCGUGAGCGUUUCCGUCACCAUCGAGGGUACGGCCAACACCUACAAGCUCCCCAUUGCGCCGCUCAUCACUGGAUCGCACCCCGUGGACAACAAGGGAACACCUUCUUUUUCCACGGUGACCAACUCCAACUGCGUGGACCUGCCAGCUUGUUUUUUCCUCAAGAUGAAUCGGCCCAUGCCGUUCUCCCAGUCCUUCAUUCACAGACUGGGCAACGCUACAGCUAUCCCUGUGUUUGAAAGCACCCCAAGCUUGUCUGCUCUCUACCAGCUCAUUGUCCAGAGUCAACUUCAGUCCCCGGAGGAGGGGGCGGCCACCCUGCCGCCCUCACACAACAUGCACUUCUACUCGGUGCUGCCAGACCAGCAGCACUGCUACUUCCUGAACGGUGACGCCCCGGUGCAGGACGGUCAUUCCCUGCAAGGUGCCCUGGUGAGCAAGAUCCCCUUUCGCCACCCGGCUCAGGUGCCCCUGCUGCUGGACAUCAUUCGGCACCAGGCAGCCUACAACACCUUGAUUGGUAGCUGUGUGAAGCGGACGUACAUCAAAGAAGACAGCAUCGGCCUGCUGCAGUUUGAGGUCUGCCCCCUGACCGACUCGAGCUUCAGCGUCUCGUUCCAGCAUCCCGUCAAUGAAUCGUUAGUCUGCGUUGUGAUGGACGUGCUGGACUCCAGACAGGUGUCCUGCAAACUAUAUAAAGGACUGUCUGACGCGCUGAUCUGCACCGAUGACUUCAUUACCAAAGUGGUCCAGAGGUGCAUGUCCAUUCCUGUGACAAUGCGGGCCAUCCGGAGGAAAGCAGAGACCAUCCAGGCAGAUACUCCGGCCCUGUCUUUGAUUGCGCAGACGGUGGAGACCAUGGUGAAAAAUAAUCCACCGCCCUCCGGCAGUCCCGCCUACAACAUGGCAGGCGGAGAUGCGACAAAUCCGAUGGGGCUCUUGGGACUCACUGGCGGCAGCACCCCCACUGGAGGAGGACCGCCCGGCGGGCCUAAUUUUACCGGGUCGAUCACUUCACUGUUCGGGAUGUCUCGCAACGAAAAACAAGUAGCUGAGUGCCAAACUCAAGCCGGCCAACAACAGCAGGUCCAACAACAGCAGCAGCAGCAACAGCAGCAGCAGCAGCAGCAGCAGGGUCAAGGCCAUGCGGACGACUACAGCAAAGUGACGCAGAAUCCAAUCCUGACGAGCCUUCUGCAGAUAACGGGAAGCGUCGGUUCAAGUCCCAGCUCGCAGAACGCGCCGCCGCCUCACCAGACUCCGCCGCCGACGUCAUCGCCUGCUAGUAACACCAAGAAUCAUCCCAUGCUUAUGAACUUGUUGAAAGACAACCCUUCGCAAGACUUUGCCGCCCUGUACGGUUCCAGUCCGCUCGAGCGACAGAAUUCAUCCUCCGGAUCACCUCGUACCGAUAGCAUGGGGGCCACUUGCCCCGGAGGAGUUGCUAAAGGCAAGAAAAAGCGGCCACGAAUCCCAGAAAAGGGGGGCUUGUUGCCCGGGACGCCUGGUGCAGGAGGAGUGGCCGUAGGUGGUUUGGGCAUGAAAUCUCAACAGGCGACUUCCAUGUCGCACCAUCAGCACCACGCAGUCUCGCAUGAGGACGAUUUCCACCGCGAGCUUCUCUCAAUGGACGUCGAUGCGUCUCAGAAUUCCAUCUUUGACGUGAAUCUGCCGGGCGACGGCUUGGACACCCCCCACAGCAUCACUCCGGCCCCGAGCCAAUGCGGAACCCCGCCCUCUGGCCCCAGCAUGCCUUAUCCGCCAACUCACAUCCAGGCCCAGCCCCCGGCGGGCGCCGUACCGCCCCGCAUGGUGCGCCUUUCUAGUUCUGACAGCAUCGGACCGGAUAUCACGGAAAUUCUGUCAGAUUUGCCCGAGCAAACCGGAAAAGCCGGCAGUGGAGGCCAGCAUCCGAUGGGUGGGGGUGGUGACGACGCCGGCCCGCUGGGGACCCCUAUUCGGGAUUCCUCCAGCUCAGGACAGGGCAGCGCUGUGUUUGACUCUGCAGACAUUUUCAACACCAACAGCAAUGAGAACCCUUUCACCGACGCUGCCGACUUGAUUGCCGAGGCUGCGGCCACACCCACCAGUGAUUCAUCCUCUACAAACUUCUUCACAGAUGCGACUGACUUCAACCCCGACCUGCUGAACUCGGGCCACGGCAUCUCCCAGAACUGCUUUGAAGACAGUUCACCGAGCGCUGACGGAGACAUGGAUCUGGUCAAGGGUUUUGGCGGGAGCAGUCAGCAGAAUACUCCGUCAGGUACGCCCCAGAAUCCCACACCGCACAGGCAAAACACCCCGGAGCCCUCGCUGAAAGACUCCUUUGAUAUGGGAAUGUUUUUCGGAGGCAACAGCGGCACUGGCAAACCGCUUCUUGGGCAAGCUCCGGAUUUGGGAGACACUCAUUUUGGAGGCUCACAGAGCCCCCUCAUGAUCGGGUUGGGGCCGGCAUGCGUUGAUUUCAAAAGCGCAGAGUCCAAAGUCAAACAACAGAGCCUCAUGCGGCAAAAGGAUGACAAUGGCGGCAGUGGAAAUAGUGGCUCGGGAAUGGGAAGCCUGUCCACCGAGGGCAAACAGGUGAAACGUAGCAGGACUCCCUCCAGUGAGGGCAAAUCCAAAGAGAAGCAGCCCAAACGAAAAAAGCUGGACCCAGAUGGGAAGUCGCCCUCUCACAGUUCAGGCGGACGGCCGUACACACCUCCCAGUGGCGGCUCGGGCUCCGGGGGGAGCUUGAGCGGAGGAGGCUCCAAAUCUCCGGGAAGUUCAGGAUGCUCACAGACACCACCUGGUGGCGCCACGCCUCCCAUUCCCAAGAUUACCAUUCAGAUCCCUAAAGGCACGAUAACCGGUGGGAAAACCUCCUCCCAUAGCGGCUACACGUCCAGCAGCUCAGCCUCGAGCGGGACGGGCGGAACCGGGGGCGCUGGCGGCAGCAAAAGCCAUCAUUCCCAUUCUUCUUCUGGGAAGAUCAAAUCCAAGGAAGGCUCCAUGGCGCAAGGCAACAGCUCGAAGUCAGCAAGCGGUACGGGGAUCAGCACUGGACCCUCCCACUCUAAGGCUUCUUCUCAGGGGGUGGGUGUUGCCAAACCGGGGUCGUCUCCAAUCACAAAACAUGGACUCUCUGGUGCUGGAAGCAGUGGAAGUGGACUUGGCACUGGUAACAAGAUAAAAACUCAAGGCGGUAAGCCUCCCGGAUCGCUUAUGAAUCCCAGCAUCAAGCCCAACAUCUCACCUUCUCACUCUCGCUCCAGCACCUCUGGUGAAAAGCUGUCUUCGCCCAUGAAAAUACAGCAGUCCCAGGUACCGGGAACUCCGCCUUCCUCAAAGGCCAAAUCCCCGAUGGGCUCAGGAGGUGGCAGCUCCGGAGGGUCCAAGUCUUCCUCCGGGGGAGGUCUGAGCUCCCAGAAGCCGAUGAGCGGGACCCCCUCGACUUCCACAUCCUCGUCCUCCAGCUCCUCUACUUCUUCCGCUUCCAUGGGAUUUUCUGGGGGCUCUCAGUAUAGUGGAGGGAGCGGUGGAAGUGGCGGCGGUGGGAGUAGUGGAGGUGGGGGUGGCGGCAGUGGGGGAGCCGGCCAGAACAAUGCCAACAACCCAAACGCCAAAGGAAAGUCCCCCAGUCGAAACAAGAAACCGUCCCUCACGGCGGUUAUUGACAAAUUGAAAAGCGUGGGCGGCGUGGGUGAGGACGGUUCUGAAGUUGGACCGCCCGGGGGCCCGCAGGGUCCCGGGGCCCCGGCCGGCAACGUUCCUGUCAAUGCCCCGCCUUCAAGCAUGGUUACCACCAAGCACGCCGCAUCCUCCCAAAGCGGGGACUACAAGCGUGAGAGGUCUGAUAAAGAAGGAAAGGCAAAAGUGUCCGUUUCAGCGGGGGCGAGUGGGGAUAAAAAGCUGAUGGACCCCAAAUCAGGAGGGGUGAGCGGGUCCGGUUUAGCCAAGAUCAUCAUCAGCAAGCCUGAUGGAGGCUCACCCAGCAUCAAGGCUAAAGUCACCCUGCAGAAAGGCGGCGAAGGCCCCGGCGACUCCAUGAGGCCGCAGAUCAGCAGCCUGAAGGCCUCACCCCUGUUCAGCGGCUCCACACCCAAGCACGACCGCUCAUCCCCGAGCCACAGCCGCUCGCCUGGCCACACGCCACUCAACCACGACAGCGAGAGCGAGUCGGGCAGCAGCUCCGUGGCCGAGAAAUCCCACCAGAACAGCCCGAGCUCUGACGACGACCAGACGCCGCGACAGCUUCCUGCCCAACAGGACUAUAUGAGCGCUGUCCCGCUGGGCUCCGGCGAGAAGCACAAGAAGCAUAAAAAGGAGAAGAAGAAGCGGGAGCGCGAGAGGGAACGGGAGAAAGAGAAGAAGAAGUCCAUGUCAGGCGGACCGUCGUCGCACCCGAUGAAGGCGGACAGCUGGUCCCGUUCGCCCAUCUCGGCCUCGGAGUCCUCCUUGUCCAUGCUUGCCUCUGAGCGGCCUUCGCGGUCCAGUCCCAUGUACAUGAGGAACGAAGAUGACGACCUCAUGGACUCGGCGCUCACUGGCAACCUUUAAUGUCACUGUUUGUAAAUAUUUAAUUUUUAUUAUUCACGAAAAGAAAUACACAAAGGUCACUAUUUUGGGAUAAACAGUACAAGACGCAAUGUGUAAUUUCAUUUAGGAGGUUUCCAUAUUAUGUACUUUUAUUAUUCACUCUUUUAACCCCAUAGAACUUUAUUUAUUCAUAUUCGGACCCUGAGUUGAUCCCUUCAUCUUUUAGUCUGAUGUUAAGUAGAAGAAAAACACCAGUCACUAUUUUGGGAAGUUUGUACAUAUUUCCGCAGACCAGGAUAGCUGCAGCUGUUUUGGUUAGCAAUCUAGUUUGAACAGACUCUCUGGUUGACUCUUUAAUGAGGAAUGGUGUCAUUUUCUGAGAAAUUGACAUUUGUCUCACUAUACCUUUUUGUGUUCAAGCUGACUGUAGAUUUUAAUAAGACAGGAUGGGGAUGCGGUCCUGAUUUCUACAUGUUCAAUAAAUAUUUGAACUUGUGAAAAUGUCUUAA